GAUGUCAGACCACAUACCCUUCGAUAUUCAAUCGGAAAUCAUGAAAAUGCUACCUGUGAAAUCGUUGCUUCGAUUUCGAUCCAUCUGCAAACAGUGGAAGUCUUUGAUCCAGAGCUCUGAUUUCAUUGCACAUUACAGGAGCCAACAACAUCAUCUGCUUGUAAGUUAUCAUGAUUAUGGGCCAAAAUAUGUCUCAAUUGCUGAUGAUCAUACUUCUCCUCAACAGAAAGUUUCACUGACUUCUUCUGUUAACAAGAUGCUUGAAUACCCCCCUAGGUCUAGGAUAAUCAGCAGUUGUCAUGGCUUGGUGUGUUUCUACUGCAAUAGUGCUCGCAAGGCUGUUAUUUGGAAUAUUUCACUUAGAAAAACAGUUACUGUUGCUGUGCCUACUUUGGCUGAUGAUGUAUAUGUAACAAUUCUAGGUUUUGGGGUUUGUCGUGAGACUAGUGACCCUAAGAUUGUCAAGAUUACAUACAUUUACAGCUGGAGUGUGGAUAUCAAUGCUACUUGCAUACCCUCUCAGGUUGAUGCUACACUAAGGGGGUUUCGGAAGAGUGGUGAGCCUGUAAUUGCUAUUCCAGGAGAACGUCGACGUGUACGACUUGCUGUUUACGAGCCUUACUCAAAACGCAUCGAUUAUCUUGGGAUUGAUGGAUCACUAUACUCAUUUAAGGUGUAUCCCUACAUGGAAAUACUAUUUUUGCUUGAUCAGCCAGAUAAUAUGGUUUAUAGCGAAUGAGGUGCAAUGCAAGAUGACCCUCAAGUUUCAUCACUUCCUAAUUAAUGGCUAGGUUGGAAUGGCUGAGUGAAAAGCACACAUCUUCUCCAAAAGAAAAUCUCCAUGAAUUUGGGUCGUGUAAGAUGGGAAUGGUUGAAUGAAAUGAACACUUGUCUUUUAAUUUCUAA